AUGAACACCAUAAUGUCCAGAGGCAUAUCUCACAAGAGUUUGAUGGAGGCGAUCACUCUUCUAUACAUGCUAAACGAAUAUCCCGAAUUUCCAAAAGAAAAUCAGCAGUCAAAAAUACUUUCAGUGCUCUCAAGUAUAUACCAACUACCCUUUCAGUGUGAAAAGCAGAUUGUGGAGAAUCUGGCUUUCUUGUCAGCUACUACACAUGACUCGGCUAAGGUCAUGGCGGUCUGCCUCGAGGAGGCCCGUGAUCGUCGCAGCUGUACAAUUCGAUUGACUUCGAACAAUGGUGAUAUUGAUGAUGUAAUGCUUGGGUUCAAGCUGAUGGCAAAAAUCUUGGAACAAGGAGCGUCAAGAGCGAAUAGUAAAGAUGAUGAUAUGAAGGCUCUGUUCCGAUGCAUAGUCACUUUAGAUUUUUGGCGUAUCCUAUCUCGGCUACGAUCAAGGCAUGCUAAGAAUACUUCUAGAAACAAGAACAAGUCUGUACUAAUCAUACUGUUGGAUACUGCCAUACGAGACCAAUCUAUACGGCCCAGUCCGAAUAUCACAGUUAUGGAAUUGGCGGACGUGCUAAAAAAGAUAAAGACUCUCAAAGCUCUUUUCAUGAAAUUUGAAGACUUUCAAGACCAUUCUGCAGCAUCUUCCGUGAUACAAGAUGUGGCCAUGGAAUUGAUAAUUCAAAUGCAUAAUUUGGCUUCACAAACGAAGCUAAGAUUGGCUCUCAAUUCCUCGAAAACGUUAAAUGCUGAGCUCAAAACAUCCCUCCCUGAAGCUGUGGAAAAGCUUGGUCGAUACUAUUCAAUCAGCUACGAGCUUAUUUGCGUCGCUCGAAGCGAGGAGUACUCUAUAUUCAACAGCAUUGCAAUAAAGACUUCUCCAACCCUACGUCCCUCUCAACCAUUAAACGUAGAUAAGAAUGUUCAUCCUCUUACAGCACUCCAAAACAUACUUCGACCUGGAAGUGCUGUGCAAUCAAGAUCACUCAAGCCCUCUUUAGAGAGCUGUUUGGGGAAGCCAAUCCAAGUCAUACUUGACGAGUUCCGUCUGGCCAUCGCAGAUUAUUACAAAUCUGUUAAAGUGCAUGCAGAGAUUCAGCUUCUCUUCUUCUACGAGCUGAACUCGGACAGGAUACGACCAAGGACAAUCUGUUCCAGCAAGAGCGCAUGCUAUCUUUGUGAUCUCUUCUUCAGGCUCCACGGUCAAUACUACGUUCCUAGGACUCAUGGCCGUCUUUACCAUAGAUGGACCCUGCCAGACUGGCAUACCUUACUACCAGAGAUGCGUCGCCGCGACUUUGACGUCCUUCUGAGAAAUUUCAGUGACAUUCUGAAAGUCAAGGUCAGAGUAGCCCUAGAUAGGGGCCCAGUACGGGCUAAUCACCCAAAUGAGACAACUACUCUUCGCUUGACACUAACCCGGGAGCAGUUACCUGAUAGAUUUAUACCCGAUUGUCCGAUCUUCUCGGAAGGUCCUGCCUCUUUAGGCUUCACGAGCCCAGACCCAAUAUUGCCGGAAUCACCUCCACAAGCCGAACUCCUAACUGGUGCAACAUCAUCGUCCAUUCUACCAAGCACUUCAACCCUUGGUCCACCAGCCCAAGAACCCAUGACUCCGAGGGAACUCCCAUCAGGAGACACAUCUAUAAACACCCCCACAGCAUCUCCUUUCCCACCCCUGAGCCCUUCUUCUACAGCAUCACCAAAAUUGAAUCACGAAUUGACCAAAGGCGAUCACAUCCGGCGCCCAAUCCCAUACCCAAACAUAUCUAUCGACGUCGGCACCACCCGUCUCAAUCUGCACUUGUCAAGCAACACCACCCUCAAUCCAGACAUACUCUCUAAUCCUAGUAGUCGCUGUUUGGUACGAGUCAAAUGGCUCCAAGGUGCCGAGACCGGAGACGUCAACUCGCAGGCGACUAACGCGGAAGGUUUAAGCUACGACACCGAAACGGAAUUCCACCAUGGCGCAACAUGUACUCCAACAGAACUUCACCUGAGGCGAGGAGAAGAUUUCGUGUCGAUUAAGUAUACGUUCGACGAACCGAGAUGA